ACAAACAAUUCAGGGUUACAUGCCAUAAACAUGGAACGGUCCUGGAUGCACUGCAAACAAUCAAGGCGUUCAAGAACAUGACAAAGGAAAAACAAGGGAUGGAAGUUGUCAUCCAAAGAGAAAAAGAGCCAAGGGCAGCUGUCAGUACACAUUUCCCCUGCCAUUUAAUUGAUAACAAUGAGCUAGUGACAGUCACCUUCAUCAAAGAUCCAGGUAGUGGCAGUUCUUCAUAUACCCAGGGCCAUUCCAAACAGAGGAACAAAAAUAAAAUGCAACCUGGCAAGUUGAUGACUUUCAAUGUUAAAACUAGGGGUGGAAAAACUAUUAUAAGGAAAGUAAUAAGAAACCCAGAGCUAAGGAAGAAAGUGACAUAUGUUUGUGUGUACGCAUACGAAGGGGAAAAGGUGAAGCAAGCCUUGAGGAGAGAUGGGCGAUUUGCUGAAACCGUCUUCAGAAAACGCUGUCUUCUUUCUGAGUCAGAGAUGGAUGUCAUCACAGAGAUGUCCCAGCCAGUUGAUGGUCUUGAUGGGAAAAUGUUGGUUGUGACUGCAGAUCUUGUCGGUGGUGUAUCUCAGUCACAAGAUAGUCUUGAGGAUUUUGGCAACACGCCAACUGAAGAGCUGUCCGAACCCCAUGGUGUAACAUCAGAAGCAGGGCUCUCUCCUCAGAAUCCUACUACACCAGACACAGCUAAAACAAAGUUGCAGUCAACGGAGGCGGGAAAAGAUGGUAGAUCUCUGAUGGAGAAGCAAAAAUGGCGUGAGAUUCCAAACUCUCAAGAGAUCCUAAACACCCUGCGUUCCCAGUAUGCAGGUUUGGUCAAUCACAUGAAAGACAGAGAGAAGUUGAAAAAGCCUUCAGACGUGCAACAAUUCUUAAGAGUAGAGUUUGGAAAGAAAACACAGAGCUUCCAAGAGAUUAAAAAACUGAAGAGGCUAAUAGAGCUGAGUGCUUCUGUUUGUCUGGUGAUCAUUAAAGGGAAAGCAACAGGAACUGGCUUCCUUCUGUUUGACAAGUUCAUCCUUACAAACGCCCAUGUUGUCCAGAAAAUCUAUGAGCAAAUCACAAACAAGCUGCAACAAUCAGUAACAGUCACGUUUGACUUUGAAGACCUGGAUGAGAGAACACCAAAUAUACCAGUGAAAAGUGAGGUUGUAGCCUAUGAAAAAGAUGAUUCAGGGUAUAUUGACUUCGCCUUGCUGGAGCUUAGCGCAGAUCCUGACAUCACCUUGCCUUCAGGCUUGCUUGACACCUUCAGCUUUCCAUCUCCAGAAGGUGGAAUCUGCAUCAUCGGCCACCCCGAGGGUGGGGUGAAAAAGAAAGACCCCUGCUUUAUCAUUCCAUAUGGAGAUCGUGAACGAGCUGUAGAAAAACAUGUCAAAGAAAAUGAGGAAUUCUUGCAUGUCAUAACUAACAGAUAUUUGGUGGAGAACGGGGACAUCAAGACACGUCUACCGACGGACACAGAAAGGAUUACCUAUGACACUUGUUUCUUCCACGGUGCCUCUGGCUCUCCAGUCUUCAAUGUGUACUGCCAGCUGAUAGCUAUGCAUACAGCAGGCUACUCCCUACGAGGGUAA